CAUUGUUAGAAAUUUAAUUAUAAUAAUAAAACAAAAGAAGAAAAACAAAAAAAAUAAGUGGCACCUCGCCCCGCAUAUGGGCCGGCCAAAGGACGCGCACAUAUAGAAGGUCUCCCUUAAGGGCUGGAUAAGAGCAUUGCACAUUCCCCUCAAUACAAAAAAGGAGCAUUGCACGUGCUGCCAAUGCUUCAAAAAAUGAAACUUUUUUGCAGGAGAAACUCUACAAGUCAAGUUUUUUUUUUUUUUGAGGGGUCUCUACGAGUCAAGUAGCCACGCACCUUUUCACCUAAAAAAAAAAGUAGCCACGCACUUGGGCACUCCGGCCAGCCCACUAUAUAUACGGCACAUGCAUGUAUGUAUGCAGAGCAGGACUCAUUCAUUUCCCUCUUCAGUUCGUCUACUGGCCAGUUAAAAACUACAGUUGGAUGAAGAAUUUCAAUCCAGCAGCUGUCGAGAGGAAGAGAGGGCGGCGAUGGUGCCGCCGCCUCCUGCAGCCCGGGAGGAGAUCGUCGAUGAUCCGCCGGCGGAGCAUCAGCCGUCGCCGUCAUCGGCAACGAAGCCGUGCUGGAAGACGACGACGAGCAGCGGCGCUGGAGUGGUCAUCGGCACCCUUAUGUUUCUUGCUUUGCUCGUCGGCACCAAUUGGAUCCACCAUGACGCUGGUCAACAGUACUACUCGUUCCACCCGGUCACCGACGGCGGCAGUUUCAGUCGGCAUGGACGUGCUACUGGCCGCACCCGCUCAUCCACGGCGCCCCUCGUACACAUACCCUUCAGCUGCGGCAACGACACGUCGUCCCCGUCACUCUGCCGCCGCCGCGCAUCACCGCCAGCACCAUCACCAUCACCAUCAUCAUCCUCAUCAUCACAGAAACAAUACUCCCCGGGCGUGCCGCCACCUUGGUGCCCGGACUACUUCCGCCACAUCCACGCGGACAUGGAGCCGUGGCGCCCAACGGGGAUCACGCGAGACGCGGUGGAGCGCGCCCGGCCCAGUGCGGAGUUCCGGCUCGUGGUGGUCUCCGGGCGCGCCUACGUGGAGAAGUAUCGCCCAUCGUUUCAGAGGCGGGAUAUCUUAACGCAGUGGGGCAUCCUGCAGCUGCUCGCCCGCUACCCCGACCGCGUGCCGGACGUCGACAUCAUGUUCGGCACCGGCGACGUGCCCGUGUUGCGCGCCGCCGACUACCCUGACCAUUCCACCGCGCCGCCGCUCUUCCGCUACUGCAAGGACGGGACGGAGCUGGCCAUCCUCUGGCCCGACUGGUCCUUCUGGGGCUGGCCUGAGGUCAACGUUCGGCCAUGGGGGGCGCUAAUGGAGGACUUCGUCCGAGAGAACGGGCGCCUGUCGUGGCCAGACAGGGAGCCCUACGCGUUCUGGAAGGGCAACCCCGACGUCUCGCCGGUCCGCCGCGACCUCUUCCGGUGCAACAACGACUCCGCCGCCGGCAAGGAAUGGAACGUGCGGGCGUUCAAGCAGGACUGGAACGCCGCCCACCGCAACGGCUUCAGGGACUCCGACCUGGCGAAGCAGUGCCGGUACAGGUACAAGAUCUACGUGCAGGGACGGGCGUGGUCGGUGAGCGAGAAGUACAUCCUCGCCUGCGACUCGCCGAUGCUGGCCAUCGACACGCCCUUCCAGGACUUCUUCACCCGGGGGCUAGUCGCCGGCAAGCACUACUGGCCCAUCGACCCGGCGCGCAAGUGCGCCGCCAUCAAGUUCGCCGUGGACUGGGGCAACGCCCACCCAGGGCAGGCGCGGCGUAUGGGAGAAGAAGGCAGCGGGUUCGCGAGGGAGGAGAUGGGCAUGGACUACGUAUACGAGUACAUGCUCCACGUGCUGACGCAGUACAGUGCGCUGCUCCGGUACAAGCCCACCGUGCCCGAGAAAGCCGUGGAGGUCUGCGUCGAGUCCAUGGCCUGCCCCAGACGUGGCCGUGAGAGGGAGUUCAUGAUGGAGUCCAGGGAGAGGUACGUGGCCGGGCGCGAGCUGUGCACGCUGCCGCCGCCGUUCACUACCGAGGAGGUAAGGGAAAUGGCUGUCAGGGACGAGCAGGUGCGAAGCAAACUACUCCAGAUGGAGGAGGGACACUAGCUAGACGGCAUUCAUGAAUCUGAUUACUUACUUCAUUUAGCAUGAAUUGCCCCCCCCUCCCCCCCCCCUCUUUAACUCGUGCGUAUUCCACAAGAUUUAGCAUGAAUCGUCGAAUAAAGAAUAAUGUAAAAGGAAUUCAAGGACGCUCUUGAUGUGAGGAUUUAUGAGGAGCGUCCACUUGCUAA